AUGAUAGCAACAUUAGCUGAUCUGGGAUAUUUUAUUUUUGGUCUUUAUUCGUUACUUCUUAUUCUUAGUGGUACACCAUUGAAUCUACUUUGUUUCUAUAUAUUUAAACGAGUGAUACCAAAUCGUUCAAAUGCGACAAUAAUUGUUUUUUCAUAUUUAGCUCUUAUUGAACUUCUUAUACCAUUUACAUGGAAUCUUAAUUAUACUAUACGUGAACUUGUAUGGAAACGUCAGACAAAUAGCUCAAUCAAAAAUCUUGAGGAGCAUUCAUUAUUUGUCUGUAAAUUAGUAUCGUUUAGUGCAUAUUUCUUACUUCAAUGUGCUGCAUGGCUCAAAACAUUAGCUACUUUUGCACGUUGCGUUUCAGUACAUAAUGAAUGGACUAUAAGAAAAUAUAUAUUAAAUCCUCGUGCCAUUCAUCGUCUUUGUUGGAUGACUAUUAUUCUUAUAGGUAUUAUGAAUUUUCCAAUAUGGAUUGUCAAUGGAAAAGAGGCUUUUUCUAUUGAUAAAAAUAAUAAAACACAAAAACAAAUUAUGUGUUAUCGAUCUGUAUUUUUUAAAUAUUGGGAAAUAGCUCAUUUAUUAUUGUACAAUUUUAUUCCAUUUGCAUUAAUGAUUCUAUGUAAUCUAGCAAUAAUUCGUCAUGUUCGUGAAUCACGACGACGAACACAACGAUCAAAAAUGCGUUCAGCUUCUAUAGUAAAAUCGCCAUCAACACUUUCUUCAAAUCGACGUUCAUUAGCAACUAGUGAUGGUCGUUUAACUAAAACAUUAAUAUUUAUAACAAUAUUUUUUAUUAUAUUUACUUCACCAUCUGCUAUAUUCUAUAUAUCACUUGGAAAAAUAAUAAAACGUCAUCGACAUUUAAUUACAAUGGGAUUGAGCAAUUUAGCCACAACAAGUCAUGUUUCAUCAUUCAUAAUAUAUUGGUUAACAUCAAGUGAUUUUAAAAAUGCAGUUAUUAAUUUUCUUUACUGCCGAGCACCUGUAUCUCAAGGACCAUCAGCCGAAGAUAAACUACAACACAGCCGCUAUUCUACUCGUGCAGUAUCAACAUCUAUGCGUCCAUCAAGUUCUGAUUUACAGCGAAAAUUGCCUACACUUUAUUUAUCACCAUCUAUUGAUUAA